UUAGGUUAAGGAGAGCAAUAGUGGACACCAUUGACAUAAUAGGUUUUAUUGAAGAACCUUUAUCAAUGGAGUAGUAGAUGAUGAUAAUGUAGUAACAACAGCUCAAGAAGAUUUCUGAUCUUCAGAUAAUUUUUCAACCAUUAUUAAAUAACUUGAUGAGCACAAUGAUGUGUGAGACAAUAGCCAAUAUACCUGCUGAGGAGAAAUCCUCCUAUGUCCUCACAGAAGACAUGAUAGAUGCCGCAAUGAACGAGCAAUUUGCCUAUCAGGAGGACUUAAUAAGUGAGGAAGAGCUAAGUUCACCAGAAGAAAGUGGAGAUCAGGACUCUCAGGAAAGUCUUGUUAACGAAACUGAAACUGUUCAUAACACACCUCCACCACCACCAGACUCUCAUGUUGACACCAACACAAAUACCACUCCAUCAUCAAACAUGGUUCCAACCAGUUCAGUUGUCUCCAACAAUAAAAUGAGCGUGCUAGUAAUUGAAACCGGCUUGGAUAAAAACGGGAGAAAUUAUAUACAAUCUGUUGCAGAGUCACGAAAGGAGGAUGAAAGUGCACAAACAAAUACUGAAUGUGGGUCGGAUAAAACUGUAGAUCAGAACACUGGUGAUAGUAAGGUAGAUGUACCUAUUUUAAAGACGAUUUUGUCGAGUAAUUGUAAAGACAGCAUAAUUGAUCUGUGUGAUAGUGAAGUGGACGACUUUUUAGAAGAAGAUGAUGCGACCGAGAAUGAGGUGAUUGAUGACGAAUUGAAGUCUGUAAUGGAGACAAAUCUGAUGGCUGAGAUUGGAAUGACUGUGAAGAAGCCUGCACCAGAGCCAGAAAACCGAUUGCCUAGGAUAUCUGUGAAGAAUAUCGCUCACAUAUCCACCCAUGUCUUCAACAGUCUGUCAGAAAACGGAUGUACUACUAGUGAUUCACAGUCAGAACAACCGAAGAAGACAAAUGAAAAUCCUAUAAACAAUAAUUUCUCCCCAAAGAUUCCUAAUUACAACCAAUUGAGACCUCUGAACGAUACUCAAGGAACGAUACAGAUAAACAAAAUAGCCGUUCCCCAUUCAGGCUUUUUCAACAAUCAAGGCCAACGAAUGAGGUGUGUUUAUGUCAAGACCACAUCAUCUCUGCCGUACUUGGUAAACACACCUACUCAGACGAUCGCUAACAGCUCAGACCUGAGAUAUGUGGUGACGGCUGCGUCACUAGGGCAGAAGCCAUCUAUGCCGGCAAUUGCUACGUUUCAAAACUCAAACAAAAGUGCAAAUUCCCAAACGUUGAUGUUACCAAAAAAUGCCAAACUGGUGACUGUUGCUAAGAAAGUGCAGAAACCUAUGAUGCCACCGACUAACCCUAAAGUGAUUCAGAAGAUAAAAAACAAUGUCAUUCCUUUUGUCACUGAUAUGCUUAAGAAAACUCUGUUUGACAACCCAAUGAAGACCUAUACAGCACCAGACACUUUCCCAGAACACCCGACUUACACGUGUAUUGAUUGUAAUGACAAGUUUCUACUGAAGACCAGUUUGUCCAACCACGUUGAGAGGCGCAGCAUCAGUAUUGGCUAUUGGUGUCAAAUAUGCAAGGCCAGCUUCCAGUUUUUCAACAAAUGCUCUUUAUCUAUCCAUUUGCGGAGCCAUAAUAUGUCUAUGAAGCAAAUUGAUAUGAGUUCUGUUCAAAUCACUCCUAUUGCGAAGGAAAUGGUAGAGAAAGGAAUUGUAACAGCAUUUUUCAAGGACGGCGACUUGAACUCAAAUAAAUCAAUGAUCUAUGAUAAACCUCAACCUGCUGUAAAUCUAAAUGUGGCCAACUCGAUAUUGAAACCAGUGCCGGGUGUGUCUGGACAAUCAAAAAUUGUCAAUCAAGGCUUGAGCUUAAAUGAAAAGAUCAAAGCAUUGACAUCUCAAAACAAGCAGUGUUCAGGUAGGACCAUAACGCCCAUCCUCCCUAAACCUGCAAAUCCAGUGAAAUCAGUUUCCUUAGUCAACAAGUCUCAAGUUCAGAAUCAGACCAAAGAAUCUUCUGCUUCCAACAUGAAGAGUCUUAUCCUCUUCUGUAAUAAACUGAACCAGCCACAAAAUGUCAUGGGGAAAUCUGCUGUCAAUAUUGUACCUCCAAAUGUUGUUUGUGACGUAGAUACGAUAUUAAAUAACUCAUCUGCUGCAGUGGAAACUAAUGAUAGUGAAAUUGUCAACGAUGAUAAUGCUGUGCCAAACCAACAGGAAGAAGAAGAACUUGUUGACGUUGAUGACAGUUCGGUGUCUUCCAGUAUUCCUACACCGGUUCUUAAUUCAAGAAAUAAGGAGAAUGGUAAAAGAAUUAAAUGCAUACUUCCUAGUAAUUCUAGUAAACGAACCUGCAGUGAAUGUUUGAUUUAUUGUGCAAAUAUCACUAAACAUUUAAGUGGAACUGGUCGACCCGUGCGGUUGGAUCUUGCGUGUAAUGUUUGCCAACUUAUAUUACCGUCGAAAUGUGCGCUAAAAAUUCAUACUAGAAUUCAUAUGAAAACUCCACCGUACAAGUGUCCAGAUUGCGGCAAGGAUUUCACGACUUGGGAUGAACUUUAUGCCCAUUUAAAAUUUUCUUGUGGACAUUUUGCUAAAUGCAUACGUUUUAUUUGCUUAGGAUGUAAAGCACAUUUUCCAACUGGAGCCGGGCUAACGGAACACAUAGUGACACAUCACGGCAAAGAUAUUUUUAAAUGCAGUUUGUGUCCUGUAGCUUUCUACAAAAGAAAUUCACUGUUGAAACACAUUUUCCAUGACCAUCCCAAUGAACCAGACCCAGCAGAUGUAGGAUUGGACUACAAACAAUGUGACAUGUGUCCCAAAAAGCUCUUACCUGAGGAAAGCUAUAUAGAUCAUGCGAAAGAACACUCCAAUUCAAUGAUUUAUGGGUACAAAUGUUCAAUGUGUAAUAUCGUCUACGCUAACAAGAUGGCUUUUAUAAUACACCAGAUCAAAGAAAAAGCUAAAAAAGAUAAGAUGGAGAAGUCUAUAACUGACAAAGCUAAUCCUCCAGAAGAAGAUAUGCAAGUUUCAGACUCGGAUACAGAUCUAGUUGAAGAACCCGUUAUUAUUCGAAGAUAUCCUGAAACUGAAUCUGUGGAUGAAAAAGAUCCGCUGAGUUUGGACGAUUGGGAAUGUACCCAGGAACAGAAAGUCAAAGAGAAAACAACGGAGCUGUGUAUCGUAUGUAAGAAAAAUUCUGUUGUCUUACUCCCGGGAAUUGACCUCAACAAUCAGUCACUAUGCUGCAAGCAGUGUGUAAAACCAAUAGACGACAAUAGCUCAACAGAAUCUUUUUCAUCCAGAAGAAAUUCAAAAAGUCGUCCAAAAUCUAGAAAACUAAGUACCUACAGAUCAUCAAGCUCCGAUGAUGUAAAAAGUUUCACCGCGAAAAGAAGAACUAGCAUUACAUCUCCCGACAGUUCGGUUAACGAACUUUCACAAGACCCUCUUGCUGACUCUCCACCAAAAAAGAAAAGUCGAAAGAAACCAAAAGACAAACGGAGUGUACAAGGUCAAACUCAUAUCCAAGGCCAAGUAAUAAAAUCAAGAUCACUCAACGAGCUGUGUCACAAGUGUUCAAAGUGCGAGUUUGUCUCAGAGGACAGAGAAUCUUUUCUGGUACACAUCACGAUACAUAGAACUGACCCAAACACAUACCAGUGUCUCGAAUGUGGACUUUGUUUUGUAGUUUUACCCUCUCUGGAAACCCAUCUUCAGAUGCACCACGGCAUAAAAGAUGUUAAUAGUUAUACACAGAAUAAUACAGCUAGUUUACCGCAAAAAGCUAGCUCCUCGAUUGAAGAAGAAACACUAGAAAACCAAUGUCCAGUGUGUUUCGAAGUUUUUGGCAGCAAGCUAUCACAUGAUAAACAUUUUCGUAUCCAUGGAAUGGCCUUUAUGAGUAGACUGAGUAAAUCUCCAUGAAGAAGUUUCAUGUGGAUACCCAUCACACUUAAUAUACGUAAUUGUACAUAUUACCAACCUUAAGUCUUCAUGCGUACAGUAAUUCAUUUCCGUUACUUGAAAAUAUAUAUAGUAGGCAGAUGAGUCAAAGCCAGGCACAUUAUUAAAAUAUUUGCUAUUGCAUACAUUGUUCCUUUUUGCGGUUAGGUGUGUCAAUCUUGCAUAAUGUUGUUUGAUUCUACUUGAUUUUUUUCUAGUAAACUUUUAAUUUUAUCCUAAGCUAUUUACCUUAUUUUAAGAAUUUGUCUGUUAAGCUCUUAUACAGAAUGUAAAUAUAAACUGUUUUGAUUACCUCAAA